UAUCUGCCAGCGCGAUCAGCAUGGUAAGAACCUCGCGUACCACGAGCUGGUGCGGGGAAACCACGGCCGCAGAUGUCAUGUGCAGCUGACGCGUGAGCCCGAGGCGACCGGUGCCCUGAAAGGCACAACCAGCAAAGAAGAGGCAAAGGUGCGGUGUCACGCUUACGAAACGGCCGUCCGUUUUUACGACAAGACUGCUACGGCUGAUUCCGCACAAAAGGCACAGCGCGCCAUCCAGGAAUCCGCAAAAGCUUAGCUCAACCUCAGCUCUAGUAGUGAAUCGUCUGAAGAGGAGCAUGAGCCGGCCGUCCCCGAAGCGGCAGGCCGGGGUGAUGCGGACUGCAGGAGCCCUGGCAGCGCUUCCGGUACGACCACGCUGCCCCCAGCCGAAGUACUGGAGGAGACAUGCUCCUCCGAAGUCGCCGAGGCGCCGCCCACCGCCAGCGCCAAGCACGCAGCUCUCCGCGCAAGACAACCUCGACACGGUCCUUGGCGUCGAGGAGAAGACAGGAAUCUUGAUAGAUGGGGCGUUCAAGCCCUAUCGGUCAUUCAGGGUAACUUUAGCCAAACUGCGGUUCAGGGUUUAAAUCCAUCAUGAGCAUGUUAUGUUUCAAAGUGGGGAUUAUGAACUUUACCAGAGUGAGUUACAUUCUUAUAAGACUGAUUUGAAGCUGAACAGCAGUACUUUUGCCAAUCAGAACUCAUUAUUUUGCGACUUCAAACUCUUCAAAUUUCCUAAAAAAUGAAGUGACUGAUGAUACCCCUAGACAAGUAGGAAAAGCUAACACAGCAAAAGCAUUUCUGCACAACCUUCUAAGCCUCUGUUGCCAUUGCUCACUUAGUAUUACAUGAUUUAUUGGUUCCUUUUUACUGGAGCUGCAACUUAAGGCGAGAAGAGGUGGCUAAAGUUGGCAUCAUGCAAACUUCAGCCACCCCUGUUUCCUUAAAUGGGACCCUAGGAGGUAAGAUAGCAGUCAUUAAAUAAUGGAUACACAGGUGAAACUUUGCAUAACUUUUUGUGUUUUUUUUAGUGUCAUGACUUUUCCUCAUCCAUGCGUUUCAGUUCCAGGUCAAAGCCUAGUCCAUAAGGUAUCUUGAUUUGCACCAUGCCUCAUCCUCGUCCCUAUAGAAAUUAUACUGACGACACCAUUAGGAAAGCGAUUGAAGAUGUGAACAGUGGUAUGUCUGUGAGGACGGCAGCUCUCUUGCGUGGUCUAAGCCGCCAGAUAUUGGCAAACAAUCUGGCAUACAUGAUCAGAAGCCAGGUCGUCCCUGCGCUCUAAGCGAGCCAGAAGAAAGACACCUCGCCAAGAGGCUGAUUCAGAUGGCGGAAUGGAGAUUUCCUUGUACUUCGAUGGGCGUUAGGAUGAUAGUUAAGGCCUUCCUUGACCGAAAUGGCACCAAACACCCACAUUCCAGCAACAACGUGCCUGGAUGGGACUGGGCACAGAGCUUCAUGCACCGGAACGACCUAACAAACCGCAUGUCGAGCAACAUCAAGUGUCUCGGGCAAAAGUCGACGCCCAUAACGACUCAGGAGUACUUUAAACACCUCGAGACAUCUCUUGAUGGUGCGACACCCGAGAAUCUAGUCAACUACGAUGAGACGGCGUUGGGUGACGAUCCGAGCCGUAAGAAAGUCGUUGUGAAAAGGGGUAUGAAGUACCCAGAGUCCGUGAAAAACCACAGCAAGGCUGGAGUGUCAGUGAUGUUUGGUGGGAGUGCAUUUGGAGAGCUUCUGCCUCCAUAUGUAGUACACAAGGCGCCAAAUCUGAGUCAGGAGUGGACAGCAGGCGGUCCAGCUGGUGCCAAGUACACAUUCUCACCAUCUGAGUCAGGAGUGGACAGCAGGCGGUCCAGCUGGUGCCAAGUACACAUUCUCACCAUCUGCGUGGUGCCAAGUACACAUUCUCACCAUCUGGGUGGUCCGAUGAACAAUCAUUCGAGGACCGGUUCUUCGGGAUCCGUCCUGCCGUAUCUCCAACGGAAAACUGGCGGGAAAGCCAUUGUUGGCGAUAGCCUGUCGUCACAUCUCUCGCGGAGGGUGAUCAAGGCCUGCAAGGAAAACGACAUAUCCUUCAUCUGUCUGCCGCCGAGCAGCACCCACCAAACGCAGCCACUGGACGUAGUCUUUUUUUGCGCCGUAGAGACACUGGAGGAGAAUAAUCGACCAGUGGCGGUCGAUGCCCUCAGGACAAAAGUAUACGACGCUCCCAAAGACAUUGUAUAGUGUACGCGAAUGCACCAGAGGUGAUUUCGUAACACUAACCUUUCCAUGGUAUUAGUUCACCACUUAUGUACACCAGCGUCCUCACCACUAUGAGAAAUAGGGUCUUCCGGUGGACCUUCGUCUGCCCUGUUUUGAAAGAAGCCGAUCGUCGACUGGCCUACGUGGGGAGGAAAAUUCCAGAGUUACCUUCUCGCCAUCUCCGGAGAAACCUUCAGCCCCGCUCGCCAGCGCGCCGUGCUCCUCCACUGUGUCGGAGAUGAGGCGUACCGCCUUUUUGGCACCCUUCCCCAGGCGUGAAGACCGACAUCGAAACAGACUUCGACUUGGCGCUGCGCCAAUUGCGUGAGUUUUAUACGUCACGCACCAAUGUAAUAGUGGAAAGGUUUGCCUUCCGCCAGCGUGGCCAACUGGUGGAUGAGUCCACUGCAGACCUUGUGUCCGCCAUAUGGGGUCUGGCCAAAUCAUGUGCAUCCGGUGCCAUGACCGAUGAACUCAUUCGUGAUGUGGUUGUCGAGAAGACUGUGCACCACAGGCUACGAGAGAGGUACUCACAUGAUAAGGACCUUACGCUGGAGAAGGUGCUGCUACUUGCAGAGGCCUUUGAACGCUCCCUGCGGGAAGCUGCUGUCAUGCCACCCUGCCACCCACCAGGGUGGCAUGACACUCAGGAGGAGAAGGGGAAGGGGGAACGAGGGGAACUCAAGAGGGAAACGGAGCUCCUGCAGAGCAGAUGGACGUGGCCGGCCCAGGCAUGGAGCCAGCCACGUCCAUUUCCAUGACCGCUGUCACAGACGACACUCAGGGGCCAUCAGAAGGCAACCACGGGC